AAUAAUACUAAAAAAAAAAAAAAGGAAAAUGUCAAAGUCAAUUUUAUGUUUUUCUGCUCCAAAAAAUAUAUUAUGUCAGAUUAAAAAAAAAAAAAACAAAUAAAUAAUAGUUUGACAGUGACAAAUAACAGAUGUCAAGCUGACAUCAAUUGAUACCAUAUAUACUAUGUUUUUCAAUGUGCUAAUUAAUAUUUAAUUAAAUAAUAAAUAACACAGUUACAAAAGACAAAAAGAUAAUAUAUAAAACAUCACGUGAAUUGGAUAAUAAUUAUUGUGAAUUGACAGAUAACCUUACAUCAAAAUAAAAAAAUAAAUACAAAUUGUUGAAAAUAGUAAUAUAUAAAAAAAAAAAAAAUACAAUAAACAAAACAACAAUUAAAUAUAUUUGUAUAUUUUUAAAAUAAUAAAAUUGUUGGUGUGUUUGCCAUGAUUGUUGAUGAUGGAGAUGAAAGCAAGUCAAGUUCUUGUCAGGGACUUGGACCUUACCCUUCAACCAAGAACAUCACCAAGAUACAAAGUUUGGCUACCACUAGCAACCCAACAGUUACGUUUACGAAGUUUAUGUCAAAUAAUUGGAUACAAUUUAGAGACAGAUAAAAAAUUUGAAAUAUGUUGGUUUUAUUUUACAUUACAUAGAUCAACAAUGUCAUCACCUUUUUAUACAAGUGAACCAAUUGAUAAUACAAGUCCAAAAUGGACAAGUCUUGAAGUGCCUACAUUACAUGCAACUGGUCUAUCAACAGCAAAUGAAAUAGUAUUACGACUUUGGAGAAGAACAAAAGUCGAUGAUCCAUCAACAGAUGUUACAAUAUUUACAUGGGGUAUAUCAUUUACUGGACUUGUUUAUAUGGGUCCAAAAUUAUCAUCAAAUAAUCUUGAAUCAAUGUUACAUAAUAAUUCAUUGAUAUUUCAUUUACAUGGUGGUUUUUUUGUACCAUCAUAUUGUCUUAAUAAUUCACCACAAUUUCGUCGUUAUUUAUAUAUGAGUGUUAGUAAUUCGGAAAUAUGUCAAAGUUAUACUGUUGAACAAUUGAUUAAAUUAAGAAAUCAAAUGAAAUAUAUGAAAGAAAUAACAGAUAAUGUACAAAUAUUAAAAGAUAAAAUAGCAACUGGUGAAAAUAAUGAAAUAAUUAAAAAUUAUAAACAAACAAAAUUAAAUAAAUUAUUAUUAAAACCAAAAAUAAUAAAUAAAGAAAAAAAAAUUGAAAUAUUAAAUAUUAAAAAACAGCUUGAAAUUGAAAAAUUUCGUAAAAAAUUAUUAGAACAAGAAAGAAUACGUAAAGUAAGUGAUAUACGUAAAUUAAAUAAAUUACAUUUAUCAAUGAUGGAAGAUAAUCAAGAUAAAGGUUUAUUAUUAAUGGAACGUUAUCGUGAAUUAAAUAAAGAUAUUGAAAGAUUACGUGAAUGGCGACAAAAUCAUAUUGAAAUACGUGAAAUAUAUUUACAAAAAACAGCCCAAUUAUCAUAUCGUAGACGUAAAUUAAUGUCUGAUUUAUCUUUAAUAUUUGACAUUAAAUAUAAUAAUGAUAAUAAGUUAACAAUAAAUAAUGUACAUUUACCAGACAGUGAAGAAUUAAAUAUAUAUAAAAAUGAUUUAAAUAUAUCUGUUGGUCUUGGCUAUGUUGUACAAACAAUUGAUGUUGUAUCAAAAUUAUUAAACAUACCAACAAGAUAUCCAAUAAUAAAUAAUGGAUCACGUUGUAAAAUUAUUGAUCAUAUUAGUGAUGAUAUUAGAGAUAAAGAUCGUCAAUUUCCAUUAUUUUCACGUAAUAAAGAUAAAUUAAAAUUUCAUUAUGGUGUUUAUUUAUUAAAUAAAAAUAUAUCACAAUUAAGAUGGUAUUGUGGUCUUCCAACAAUUGAUUUACGUUGUACAUUAUUAAAUUUAUCAACAUUAUUAAAUUUUAAAUAUAAUAAUCAACAAAUAUUUGAUAAUACAAAAAGAACAUUAUCUGGUUCAUCAUUAAAUACUGAACAAAAUGAAUUACCAUCAACACCACCAUUACAAAAAUUAUUAUUUGAUAAAAUGAAUAUGAAUAAUAGCAACAACAACAUAAACAGACAAAUGUUUAAUAUAAAAACCUAUAAUAAAAAAUUUUUAAGUUCAUCAUUAGAUCAAGGUCUUGAUAAAUCAUUGGCAUUUAAUAAAUUUAAUAAUUAUACAAAACGUAUAUGUAAAUCUUAUGAUUUUACAAUUGAUAAUAAUAAUAAUAGUAAUAAUAAAAAAUCAUUAUCAUUGCCAAGAGAUGCUAUAAGUAAUAGUAGUGAUGAUGAAAAUAUAAAUAUAUUUAAUAAAAAUAUUGAUAUUGUUGAUAAAUCAUUAUCAGCAACAUCAUCAAGUGAAUUACUUGAUACUGAAAUUGAAAUAUCAAUACCAUUAUCAAUAACUAAAAUACAUUCUGAUGAUUCAACAUUAAAAAAAACAAGUUCAACAUCAAUAUCAAGUUGUGAAAUUGCACUUAAUUCAUCAUCACAAAAUGAUUGUGUUGAUAUGAUUAUAAAUAAUAAUAAUAAUAGUAAAAAAAUUGAUGAAGAAUCAAGUUGUGGUGAUGGUAGUCCAUCGACAAUAUCAAUUAUUGAUAAAAUUAAUUAUAAUAUUAGUCAAGAAACAAUUAAUGAUAAUAAUAAUACAACAAUUAAUCUUGCCAAUAAAAAAAUUAUUAAUAAUUCAAAUUCAUUUUCAUCAUUAAAUGACAUUAAUCAUACAAAUAAUAUAACUGAUGAUGAACAUGUUGUUGCAUCAAGUUGUCCAGAAAGUGCUAAAUCAUUUUAUGAUGAUUAUGAUGAUAAUAAUACUACAAUAAAUAAAUGUAAAUAUGAAUCAACAAUGAGUCUACAAACACCCAGUGUUAUUAAUAAUAAUGUUAAUUUAACAAAUUUACAAACAAAUAAAGUUGAACAAGUUAUUAAUAAUUAUCAAGCAUCAAGUGAACUUAUUGAUUCAAUUAGAAAAAGUUCAGAAAAUGUAUUUGCAAGAACAGAAGCAUUGGCUAGUAAAAAAACAAGUUUUAAAGUUAUGAAACCACGAUUAUAA